GCAGGACCGGAAGCAGGAGCGGGUCGGGACGGGGAGCAGGAGCUGCGCCUCCAUCAGAGGAGCCAUGAUGCAUGCAGGGAUGCAUGACUCCGCCUGUGGGCGUGGUCUCUGCGGUCACGUGGUCCAGGCCUUUGUUGAUGUGAAUCAGUGUCGAAAGCUCAGGACAAAAAAAAGAAGAAGGAAAAAGGUCCAGGUCCGAGCGAGCGACCGCAUCCGCUCACCCGCCCCGGAAAACACGCUCCCUCUCGGCCGCUCCCGACGCCUCCCUGGAUCUUCCUCCGGCGGGUUGAGAGCGAGGCAGCGGGGGAUGGAGGCUCCGUGCGGGCUGUGAGCAGACUGGUGUUCGGGGGGUGGAGGUGUGUGUGUGUGUGUGUGUGUGUGUGUGGAGACCCAGGCCCUCGCUCGGCUUUGUUGUCCCGGAGCAGCAUCAUGGACAGAACCCGGAUCUGAGAUCGUUCGUCUCGGCUCCGCUCGGUGGUUUUGGAUCGAGGCUCAUUCGAAGGAUCUUCUUUUUUGAAAUCAUUUUCCUCCACCUCUCAGUCUCUGCCUCCCCCUCCCUCCAUCUGUCCCCCCCUCGCUCCGCCAUGGCUCCACCGUGCCGGUUCUCCAGCCUGCUGGUUCUCCUGCUGCUCCCCGCCGUCCGGAGCUCGUUCCCCCGCGGAGGAGUCAUCAGCAGCGGCGGCAGCAGCGCGGACUGCGGCCCCGGGAAGGCCUCCACCGCCGGCUGUCCAGAUCUGUCAGAGAAGAAGAGCGACCUGCGGGUGUGCGACGCCGGGACGUGUCGCUUCGGAGGAACCUGCCGCGAGAACGGAGCGGACAUCAAGUGUGUGUGUCAGUUCCACUGCCAUAAGAAGUACGUCCCUGUGUGUGGGUCGAACGGGGACACGUACCAGAACGAGUGUUUCCUGAGACGAGCGUCCUGUAAGAAACAGAGAUCCGUCGCCAUCGUCUCUGAGGGACCCUGUUACCACGACGCCGGUUCUGGAUCAGGAGACGGAGAUGACGAAGGCUCCGGUCGUGGUAAAAAGGCCUCGAAAUGUGGAAUCUGCAAGUUUGGCGCCGAGUGUGACGAAGACUCCGAGGACACACUCUGCAUGUGUAACAUCCUGUGCAACGGACACAACGACAACCCGGUGUGCGGCGGCGACGGCGUCACCUACGACACGCCCUGCCACGUCCGGGAGGCGUCCUGCCUCAAACAGCUGAAGAUCGACAUCAAACACGUGGGACGCUGCCAAGACAAGAGCAGGAAGGACGACGGCGUCAAGACCAAACCAGACGUCUAUGCUGUGUCGAAGCCUGGGGAGGGGGAGGGGUUUGUGGACAGUCCCGCCCCCUGUUCUGACGACUACGCCCAAUUCUGUGAACACGGCCAAUGUGAGAUGAGGCACAACCUGGCGACCUGCAGGUGUGAGGCAGCGUACGGUGGUCCUCAGUGUGAUCAGCUGCUGGACUUCAACAUACUCUACGUGGUCCCCAGUGGUCAGAAGCUGCACUACGUCCUCAUCGCCGCCAUCAUCGGAGCUGUUCAGAUCGCCGUCAUCGUGGCCGUGGUCAUGUGCUUCACCAGGAGGUGCAACAAGACGAAGCGCGGCCGGAGACAGAAGCAGCACCUCGGCCACUUCCCGUCGGGGACGUCCUCCAGGAUGAUGUAGCUGCUCGUGAUUUUUGUGAAAUAUCUCGCUUUCGUACCACACGGAGACUGACUGCAUCUUUUGAUAAGUCGACGUUUUGGAGCCUCUUCUUUUUUCUUUUUAACAAAAAAGAUAAUUUCUGACUUUCUCAAGGGGCCUUAUUUAAAAAAAUGUUCCUCCAUGUUUGAUUUCUUUUGUCCGCAGAUGAUUUGUAGACGUUCAUCCGCGUUCCCUCUCGGACUCUGAGACACUGUGGAUCCUGAAGCAGGAAACGUUUUUAUCUGUUUGUUCCGUCCACAUUGUAGAAAAGAAAAAGAAAGAAGCGUUUCUCUCUGGUUUCACUCUGUGCGACGCAGACCGACUUCGCUUCUGUGCUUUUUGUUUUUAAUUCAUUUAAAUGAGUAAAAAAUGAUUUGAACCUUGUUUUUCGUAGCAGGUACGUAAACGGAUUUUAUGAAAGAAAGAAAAACGUCUGUGGAAUAUACGUCAUCCUGAUAUUUAAAUACCACUGAGUUAUAAAACUCUGAUCGUUUGAUCCCCAACGUCCUCGAGGUCCGAGGUUUAACGUAACUCUCGUCUUUUCUUAUUAUUUUUGAUUGAGUCGCCCCCUUGUGGCAGAGGAUGACUAUUUAGGCAGCUUACAUUUUCUGUUGUGUUUACGCCCCAUAUACAUUCAGAUGAAUUUCAAAGCUAAAUUCUUUAGGUCAACAUAUAUAUAUAUAUAUAUAUAUAUAUAUGUGUGUGUGUGUGUGUAUAUAUAUAUAUAUAUAUAUAGUCAAUGGUAUUUAAAUGUCAAAAUGAAGUAUUUAGUUAUUGAUGUUGAGAUUACUUGACUGGACGUCAAGCGGUCGCUGCCAGUCGUCGCUCCGUUUCGACGCCCGCUCUCGUUUCCUGCCGUUUGCCGUGAAUCACUGCUGCUCACGUUCAUUCCUGAUUUUCUUUGUCGUCAACGUGUAACAACGCCUUAAAGCUGUCGGGGGGCGCUGUGUAUCAGGACUACAGGAUCAUCAGGGACCACUCACUCCCGCCCCCCUGCUGCAGUCGACUCGUGACUCAGAUGAACCUUAUUUUCUUUUUUGUUUGUUUGUUUUGUAUUUGUUAUGAUGAGACGCACCUGAAAACCAAAAUGCUGUUUUUUCUACUGCUUAAAAAAUAAUAAUGAUGAGAUACAAGCUGACAUGUACAGGAUGUUGUUCUAAUUAUUUUAUUGCUUAUUUGCUGAUGACAUAAUUCCGAACAAUGGACUGUUUUUUUGUGUCUGUGUUUUGACAAGCUGAUAAUAAUUGAAAUGACUUAGUUUUUUUAUUUUAGGUCUUUUUUUUACAUAUAUAUGAUUUGUAAUGAUGGUACGAAGUGUCCGUGUUGUUCGUCACGUGGUAGAAGGAGUAGAUGAAUAAGCUCGGCUGAGGUUCCCUGAAGCGUCGCCACGACGACAUCGGACUUGUUCGACUUCUUUGAGGUGAAGAACAACCUUGUGUGCGACGCCGUGCUCGUGGGAAUCCAGUCUGAUUUUACUGUAGAUGUUGCGUAAUGCAUGAAACAGUGAAGUUGUUGUUUAGACUGUGAUGUAGUGGAACUAGUAUAAAUUAUGAUGUUUGAA